CCGCGGUGUCCCUCUGCUGUAGUGUCCGCUCAGGUGCGCAUCAGUGUCAGGGAGCUCAGGCCAUUAGAGCGGCUCUCUGACUGACUGACACCCCCGUGAUGAUCAAUACCGCAUCCUCGCCUCCUGAUUGGCUGAGCGCAUCAUCCAGAGGAAGGCCCACCUCGAGAGCGUAGUGUAACAUUUCCUUCCACGAUAUUUCAAUCUAGCACGCUAUUGAAGCAUAAGGACGAAGAAGGCGCUUUAAAAAGAGGGUCCAAGAUGGAUGUUUUAAUGAAGGGGCUUUCUAAAGCUAAAGAAGGGAUGGCAGUGGCCGCAGAAAAAACCAAGGAAGGUGUCGCGGUGGCCGCUGAGAAAACCAAGGAAGGCGUGAUGUUUGUGGGCAGCAAGACCAAAGACAGUGUUGCAACAGUGGCUGAGAAGACGAAGGAGCAGGCGUCUCAGCUGGGAGGAGCAGUGAUGUCUGGAGCCGGAAACAUCGCCGCUGCCACCGGCCUGGUGAAGAAGGACGAAUUCCCCAGUGACAUGAACCCGGAGUUCGGUCAGGAAGCCACUGAGGAGCCGGGAGAAGGUCUGAUGGAUCCUGAAGGACAGACAUACGACAACAACCAGCAGGAGAGCCAGGAUUAUGAGCCUGAGGCGUAAAAGCGUCACAUUCCAAGCCCAAAUCCAGCCAGCAGCACAAAAAGUUUAUAUUAAUAACAAGUACAAAUCCUAAACACAAUAAAAACCUGUUGCAAAAAAAAAAAACGUGAAAAAAAUCCAAAAAACGUAAAUCUAUAUUCCAGUUAGUCCUGCCGAGAAAUGUUCUUCCUAUCAGAUAUCUACUUUUAUGAUGAUCUAUUGUAAAUGUCAUGUUCUGACGGUAACGUGUUGGAUGUAGCGCUAUGCUAACUGCCGGGGGACUAUCCGUCUCGUUUCCUUGAAUCCCUCCCAAUGAAACGAGACCCGUUCUCCAUUGUGAAUCUUUGUACUCGUGAACCUGCAUUUCUAUAUGUGUAAUAGAUGUUUCAUAUCUUCCAAUGGCAUAUUGGGGAUUCGAAUAUCUUCGGGUAAAUAUGAUAUUAUCUAUAAAUAUAGCUGUGUGCAAUGCCUGUUUGUGGGAUUUGACUUUCUUUUUUAAUUUAAUAUCGACGCGAGUUGUUUAUUUCAUGUUUUUUGAAGUAAGAGUUUUAUACGUUGUGACUUUAUAGUUGCUUGUGAUAUCAUUCCAGUGGGUUAUUUGUUAGAAUUGGCCAGUUUGUAUCUCUGUGUGUGCGCGUGUGUGUGUGUGUGUAUGCGUUUGUGUACUGGAGAUUUUAGUGUAAAUGUGUCUUGAGGUGUUUAUGGACGUCAGGUCAAUAUGUGCUUUACAAUGCUGGAAAUGUCAAUAUUAAAGGUUUCUGUGUCAUUCAGGACAAGCGAAUCCUCUCUGUAAAUAAAGAAACAAACAAAACAA